GUGAAGAUGCGUCUUAAAUUUCAUUCAAUAGUCCGCGAUUCAUUUAUGUAGUUAUCAUCAGUAGUUCGUCAUUGCAUUACGGUUAGGGGUUCUUCUAUGUAGAAUUCGCCCUAUACUCUAUACUGUGGAAUUUUAGUGUUUUUUUUAAUUUUGAUAUGAACAGGUUACUGACUCUUUUGCUACUAACAGGGUGUGUGGUAGUUCGAACUGAACCCCCACCACCUUCAUAUCUUCCCCCUAAUGGAAACGGCAAUGGAAAUGGCAACGGAAACGGUUAUAGCAAUGGAAAUGGGAAUGGUUUAGGUGGAAGAGAUCCUGAUGGUGAUCAAACACCUGGAAGCAGUUAUUUGCCACCUUCCAAUGGUAAUGGAAAUGGAUAUAGUGGACCAAGUUAUUUACCACCAUCUUCUACAUAUGGGGUGCCCAACGGAAAUGGCAAUGGCAACGGUAACGGUAAUGGAAAUGGAAAUGGCAAUGGUAAAAACGGAAAUGGUAACGGAAAUGGGAAUGGUUACAGCAAUGGAGCCCCUCCACCACCUGUUUAUGGCCCACCAACUAACGGAAAUGGUAAUGGUAAUGGUAAUGGAGCUUCUCCACCACCUGUUUAUGGCCCACCAACCAACGGAAAUGGUAAUGGUAACGGCAAUGGAGCUCCACCACCACCAGUUUAUGGCCCACCAACUAAUGGAAAUGGUAAUGGAAACGGUAAUGGAGCUCCUCCACCACCAGUUUAUGGCCCCCCAACUAAUGGAAAUGGUAAUGGGAACGGUAAUGGAGCUCCUCCACCACCAGUUUAUGGCCCACCCACUAAUGGAAAUGGUAAUGGAAACGGCAAUGGUUACAAAAACGGAAAUGGAAACGGCAAUAGUUACAAAAACGGAAAUGGAAACGGCAAUGGCUACAAAAACGGAAAUGGAAACGGCAAUGGAAAGACUAAUGGAAAUGGUAACGGUAAUGGAAAUGGUUAUAGCAAUGGAAAACCAGGAGGUUCAUAUCUGCCACCCAGUUCAACAUAUGGCGUGCCAAACGGAAACGGCAAUGGCAACGGUAAUGGAAAUGGUAAAAACGGAAAUGGUAACGGAAAUGGUAACGGCAAUGGAAAUGGCAACGGGUACAGCAAUGGUAACGGCAAUGGAAAUGGCAACGGGUACAGCAAUGGAGCUCCUCCACCACCUGUUUAUGGCCCACCAAGUAAUGGAAACGGCAAUGGUUACAAAAACGGAAAUGGAAAUGGAAAUGGCAAUGGUUACAAAAACGGAAACGGGAAUGGAAACGGGAAUGGAAAUGGCAAUGGAAAACCAGGAGGAUCAUAUCUGCCACCCAGUUCAACAUAUGGCGUACCAAAUGGAAAUGGUAAAGGUAAUGGCAAUGGUAACGGAAACGGCAAUGGAAAUGGCAAUGGAAGGCCUGGAGGUUCUUAUUUACCACCUAGUUCAACCUACGGUGUACCUAACGGCAACGGUAAUGGUAACGGUAACGGCAACGGUAACGGUAACGGAAAGCCGUCCUCAACGUAUGGUACUCCUAAUGGUAACGGUAAUGGAAAUGGUGCUCCAAGUUCAUCCUACGGGGCUCCAGUGAAUGGAAACGGUAACGGUAAUGGAAAUGGAAAUGGUGGCAGACCUGGAUCGACGUAUGGACCUCCUAAUGGUAAUGGUAAUGGAAAUGGUAAUGGCAGACCAAGUUCAACUUACGGACUACCAAAUGGAAAUGGCAAUGGUAACGGCAAUGGAAAACCACCCAGCCCCAUGUAUGGACCACCGAAAAAUGGUAAUGGUAACGGAAAUGGCAACGGUAAUGGAAAUGGAGGAUAUCCAUCUAACGGGAACGGAUAUGCAGCCAAUGGAGGAUACGAUUCCGGUUAUGGUGGUGGAGAAGAAGAGACCACAGAACCAGCAAAAUACGAAUUUGAAUGGGAAGUAAACGAUCCAGAGAGCGGUAACAUGUAUGGCCAAAAGGAGCAAAGGGACGGAGAUUUGACCACAGGCGAGUACAAUGUCCUUUUGCCAGAUGGCAGGAAGCAAACUGUGCAAUAUGUGGCCGAUACCGACGGAUAUAAACCUGUGAUAACUUACGAAGAUGUAGGUGUGGACAACGGUGGUUACCCAAGUGGAGGACCCAAUGGAUAUCCUUCAGGGCCAAAUGGAAAUGGCAAUGGAAAUGGUAAUGGAAACGGAAAUGGUAACGGUAAUGGAAAUGGUUACUCAAAUGGAAACGGAAAUGGGAAUGGGUAUUCCUAUUAAAUGUUUCGAAUUUGAACUUUUUUCAAAUAAAAUUUCAAAGGUAAUCGAUGAAUCAGGUAUAUGCGACGACAAAAAUAGUUAAAAAGUACAAAAUAGUAAUUAACAAAUUCCUAUAUUUUUUCCAUAUCAUUUCAUUGACUAAUUUUUUAUUUUUCUUCGCAUAAAAUAAGCUCAAAUAUUUUGUAAAUAGGUAUUAAAAUCUGUAGAUUUUUAUUAAAUUUUUGAAUGUAGUCAUUAGUAUACAAAGAAGCAGCAAAACCUAAAAAAUAUAGUAGACAAAAAUGCAAACUUAAAAUAAAAUAUAUAAUAUGCCAUAUUUAAUAUUUCGUAUAUUUUAUUUUUAAAGAUUUGUAGAGUAUAUAGUUUUUUAUAAUAAUGAUUAGAAUAGACAUUCCGAAUGAACUGAUGACAACUGCCCUGACAAUGGUUUUGAACUGUACCGCCAAUGAUAUGUUUAUUAGGUAUAUAAUAUUAUGUUAGUUGUUUUACAAGAUGUAUAUAAAUAUGUAAUGUAUUUUCCAAUAAAGC